UCGAUCACUAAGAUUGUGAUUAGAUUUUUGUAUUAGAAUAUGUAUUGAUAGAUAGACUCCACCAUGAAUAAUUCAAAAUUAACUAAUCUUAAAGAGAAUGAGGACAAAAUACGAAAACAAGCGAAGAAAUUAUUACGACAAAAAACAUCCGAAAUAUUGAAGAAACAAACGCAUUUGUUUAUGCAUGAAAAAAGUCUAACUAAAAUGCCCGAGCCCAAAAACCCAAAUCAAGUACUUUAUGCGUAUUAUCACAACAACCAAUUAACGAAAAUUGAAAAUAUGGAAUUACUAUAUAAUGUUACCCACUUACAUUUGCAAUGGAACAAAAUCACCAAAAUGGAAGGCUUGGAAGCCUUGCAUUCGUUGAAGAAAUUGUAUUUGGGUAAUAAUAAAAUCAGCGUAGUAGAAAAUUUGGAAGGGCUGAAGUACUUAGAAGAACUCCAUAUUGAAAAACAGAAUUUGGAUGGUCCUGAUCCUUUGUGCUUUGACCCUAGAACCCUCAUUUACAUCGGUGCCUCCCUACGAAUAUUAAAUGUAUCGGAAAACAAAUUGACUGAUAUGGCUUGGGUUAAGCCUCUAAGACAAUUGGAGGUGCUCGUUGCAAGAAAAAAUAAUUUGGAAAACUACCAAGCAGCAGCUGAUGACCUAUGCACAUUGCUGAGUCUGGUGGAAAUUAAUUUCUUAGGAAACCCUAUGACUAGGAAACAUCGAUAUAAGGAGACUAUCAUUGCAAGGUGUUCUCAACUACGUAUUCUCGAUACUGUAGCCAUUCAUAGUACUUCGAAAACUUUCAUGCGAAACUUCGAUAAGGUUGUCCGUUUACGGCAACUACACGAGAAGAAUAAAAUCGAAGCGACUCGUAGGGGAGUCGACGAGUUCUUCGACCUCAACAUGUUAUCCGGACCGAGAGCUCAAAGUGCCCUCUCUAUAUCUGAAUUUUCUAACCAGAAACCAAAAGGUACAGUUACAGCAUUUGAUUCAACUUAUACCUUCAUGCCACGUGCGUUCUGGCGAAUGCGGAAAACACCUUCCCCCCAUGAAGGUGCCCCACCGAUGGUAACCCCACCGCUGGAGCCCCCACCGCCACCGAAACAGCCCUUAAGCGACAACGAUAUUUUGCCUAUCAAGGGAAUAUUGAAGAAACCUAUGCCGAUGAAAUAUUUAUACGAUAACUAUACAGGUAAUGACAAUAAUAAACCAAAAAUAGUAACCAUGAAUAACAUAAUAAGCGCAGCUUACAGAGUUUUAAAUGAGGAAACAUCAGCUUUAUAUUUGGGCAAUAAUAUAGCAGAGACAGGUGUUUUAGAGCCUAUGCAAUUUCUCAGGGAGUACGUUUCUAAAAAUGUACCCGUUGUAAUUCGAAGUGGGUGUUCCAAUUGGGCGGCUGUCUCAAAAUGGAAUGCUGCGUAUUUCAGAAAAAAAAUACCAAAUAAAAAUGUGGUAGUGGCUGUGACUCCCAAUGGCUUGGCUGAUGGCAUCACAAAGAAUGAGGAGGGUGAAGAGUUCUUUGUCACACCUUACGAAACCACCAUGACAAUGACACAGUUUCUAGACGGAUUGGACGAGAAAAGAGAAAAUUACAUCCAGUACAUUCAGAAACAGAACUCCAAUUUGAUCACCGACUUCCCUGAACUCCUAGAAGAUGUGUACACAGAGAUACCAUUUGCUAGUGAAGCAUUUGACAAGUCCCCCGAUGCUGUCAACUUCUGGAUGGGCGAUGAGAGAGCUGUCACUUCUAUGCAUAAAGAUCCGUAUGAGAACAUAUACUGCGUGAUAGACGGAUAUAAGGACUUUAUCUUAAUUCCCCCCACAGACCUACCCUACGUGCCUUAUAAACGCUACUCGCAGGCCGAGUUCAGGUACACAGAUAACAAAUGGGAGAUUGUACCAGUCGAGACUGUCAACAUGGUGAAACAAACUAGUACAGACGUGGAUACUGUUCAGAAUGACGAGUACUUCCAGUCCUCAGGGCUGCCUUGGAUUAGUGUAGAUCCAUUAGCUCCAAAUUACCUAACAUACCCGGAAUUCAAGAGGGCUCACGUUUAUUCGGUGCGUCUGAAGAAAGGCGACUGUCUUUACCUGCCCAGCCUCUGGUUCCACCACGUUAGACAGAGCCACGGUUGUAUAGCCGUUAACUAUUGGUACGAUAUGGAAUUUGACGUCAAAUAUUGUUAUUUCAAAAUGCUUGAAAAGCUCUGUGGAAGUUAUUGACUAGAAGAGGGCUCCCUGGAUACGAUGUCCAACAGUUUUGUACGUGUUCAGCAACGCACUUCUGAUACCUCUGGUGGUGUUCUUAGGCUACGGUGAUUACCAUCAGGUACGAUGUAAGCAUUGUUACAAUUGGAUAUAGUGUAAAUAGAAGCAAAAUUUUGAAUGCAAAAUUGAUUAGAACUGUGUAUUCUCGUGGUAUCUCUUUCUUUAUAACUGAAUGAGUUAAGCUGUGAAAGAGAUGUGAAUAGUCUUCUAAUAAUGUCCACUGAAUUAAAGAAUGAAUUGCAAUUUUACAUGUUUUGUUACGCACUUCAAAGAGACCUGUUUAAUUGAAAGAGAGAAUGCAUGAGUGGGGUAUUUUUAAUACAUUCUUACGUGUAAAUGUAGAAAAUUAUUUCUUUAAUAUUCGGGAGCCUGAAGAAAAAGUAUAGCAGCAUGGCAGAUGUUAAAACACUUCUUAAAUAAUACACCGCUUUGGUGUUCAAAGUCAUUAUUUAAAUUAUUUACCAUGUACAUACAUAAAUGAAUUUGUUUUUAUAUGAAC